CCUCAAUGCUUCAGUAUCCGUAUUUCUGGGCACUAUGUCUAAAAUUACUUUUGGAUUUCAAGCCUCUUAUCUAGCAACACAGCUCUGCAUCUCCUGUGUGUGAAUUAGCACAGAAUCUAGAUCUAAAGACCAGAGAGAAAUAAACAUAGAACAAUUAUUCUGCAUUUAAUGAUGGAUUUGGAUGUACUUGACACAUCUGAAGUCUUCAGUCCAGAAGAUACUGACACAGUUAAGCAUGAAGAGGGGGGACAAUAUGAGAUUGCACAAGAGGACAAUGAACCAGAGCCUGAGGGCCUGACAUUUUAUCACACAGAUCUGUAUGAUUCACAGGGGAGAUUAAAACUAUUUCCUGAAGAUUUUAACCUGCAUCCGGCAGAAGAAAAACUUAAUCAACAAGUGGUUGAAGAAAAAUGGGCUUUUAGUACAGAGCAGGCACAAUUAAAUUUACAAAAAGAAGUGGAUGAACUGGCAAAACAAUAUGGACUUUCUGAUGACAAAGAAGAAGAAGAAUUAAUCCAGUUUUUCCCACAUAUGACAUUCAAACACCCAGAUCCCUCGUUACCUAAAUCUACAAAUGCCUAUACACAAAAAAUACAGCCAUUUUACAAACAAAACAUAAGCCCUCAUGUCCAAGAUGCUGAACUGAAGGUUAAGAAAGAAGGGCAUUUUCAUGAUGACAAAGAGAUUAAAGAAGACAGCAAUCUUAAAAAUGAUAGAGAGUCUCUUGACAACAAAAAUUAUGACAGAAAUAUGGAACUGGAAGACAAACAUUUUGAUAACAAUGGAGAACCUCUUCUAGAGCCGGAAGGCGAAGAAUCACUACCUAAACUUGGACACGUUGACUAUGUUGAUGGACAACCAGAAGAUGGACAUAAAGACAGACAACGUGAACAGGAUGAUGAAAACAGCGGAGACCACAAAGGCGAAGAACAAGAAUUUAAGGAAAAUUACUCGGACCAGAAAAAUAAGCAAACUGACCAUGAGAAGAACCAAGCUUCCAUGGUCUCCACCGAUGAGAUUAGUUAUGGAAGUGAACUUCCUGAGUCUCCUGAUAUAUUCUGCAUCACAUGUAUAACCCCUGUCAGGGCAUUUGACAAGCUAUUUGGAUUUCACAAAGAUCAUGAUGUCACACAAAUAACAGCUGCCGUUGACAACAUCAAGGAAGAAAUACAUAAGAAUAUGACGAAAUUGGAAGAACAAAUAGUACAGAUGGAGAAUUUUGCAAGUCAUCUGGAAGAGAUAUUUAUAACAAUAGAUGAGAAUUUUGUGAGACAAGAGCAAAACGUUGAGAUGCACUACAGCGAAAUCAUGGACGUGCUUGCUCAGAAACACGAGGAUAAAGUGCAAGCUCUGGGAGAUGAAAAAAAACUCAAGCUAGAAUCAUUGUUUGAGCAGCUCAUCGAUUCUGGGAAAAGUUUGGACACCUCUAAAGAUUUGAUGGAAACAAUCCAGGAUCUGUUUAAAGGAAAGGAGAAAGUGGAGUUUAUGAAGACUGCGUUAGACACAACGAACAGAUUGAAUGCAUAUUUAAAUAAAGAUUUGAAUUUAAACAUAUCAACAAACGCAGAAUUCGAAAACAGCAGUGUAGAUUUCUCUGAAGUAGAACAGCUUCUGGACUCCAUUAAUACAAUCCCAGCUCCAUCGGCUCCUGUAUUAAACCCUCAGACUCCGAACUCCGCCACUGCCACCUCGCUACGUGUGUGCUGGAGCCUCUUCUCAGAUGACACUGUAGAAAGUUACCAUCUGUACUAUAAACCUGUCUCUGAUGGAACCCCUGGAGAAGAUAACGGGGAAUGCAUGAUACGCGCUAAGGAAACAUAUUGCACAGUGAAGAAUCUGAUGCCAAACACCCAGUAUGAAUUUUGGGUCAUUGCUAUCAACAUCACAGGUGGGAGUCCUGCAAGUGAACGGGCUGUCUACGUUACAGCCCCAUCACCUCCCAUUAUUAAGAGUGAAGUAUGCAGUAGUUGCGAGAAUGCAGCCCUAAUCUGCUGGGAUUCAGGGAACAUCAAUCCGGUCGAUUCAUAUACGGUUGAAAUAUACAAUGUGACAAAAGGAGAGAAUGAAGCUCUUCUCACAGAAUCUAUUGUAGGAAUUCCCAUCUGCGAAUCUCUCAUUCAGCUCAAGCCAAGGGAAACAUAUCACAUCAGCGUCAGAGCUGUGAAUGUGGGUGGCCCAAGCGAGAGUAGCAAAUCUGUUUCAAUUCACACCACAGGUACAUUUUUUCAUCUGAAUGAAGACACAGCUCACCCUCUUUUGUCUAUUUCUGAUAAUGGAUUUACAAUAUCGUGUGAUGUGGAAGAAAGCCUAGCAGAUUUACCAUACACUUGCAACACUUUCACAAGAUGCAUUGCUGUUAUGGCAAAUCUCAUCCCAUACAAAGGGAAGCAUUACUGGGAGGUGGAGCUGGACGAACACACAGAAUACCGGGUGGGAGUUGCCUAUGAUGAUACAAACAAAAAUGGAUUAAUUGGUGGCAAUAAUACAUCUUGGUGCUUCCGACAUGUUCUCACACCAGCCAGGCACAAAUAUGAAUUUUUACAUUGCGGAAUGUCACCAGAUAUUCGUAUUACGGUGCCACCAACGAGAAUUGGAAUCUUGCUGGACUACGACCAUCAGAAAUUGUCAUUUUUUAACAUGGAAAUUCUUCAGCACCUGUUUACAUUUGACUGCCAUUUUCAACACUUAGUGCAUCCAUGUUUUGCUCUCGAAAAACCAGGAACUUUAAAGAUCCAUAACGGUAUCCCUAUACCUCAUUCUGUGAAUUUAUUUUGAGAUUGGAGAAUAAAGUUUGUACAAUACUAUUAUCAUCUGGUUAA